AUGGAGGACUUGGCAAGAGAGCGUCUCAUUGAGAGCGCCAGGAGCCACCACGAUAUAAAGAACAUCAAUCUAUAUCUAGCAAACAUAGAGGAAAACAUAAUAAGGAUUAAAAAUGAAGGAGAGAGUAUCAUUGACGAGGUAUUCCUUGCCUUCAACGGGUCUAUCAGUCACAUUUCUCUCUACGCCUAUCUCUACGACCACAAGAUAAACGUGAAUUUAGAUUGCCUCCAGUUAAUAUAUGAGCAGAGCUACAUAGAGGAAGAAAAACUCAUCGCAGAGGGAAACAGAGAACAGGAAAGUGUGGUAGAUAUAGCUAAAUUUGAUUCAGACCUCAUUCAUUACCUGGUAAAGGAGUGCAGAAAUAAUUACGAAGAGUCAACGAGCAUCACCACUAAAGAAAUUGAAGAGAUUAUAGCAAAUCAUAAACAUAGAAUUUUCGAAGAAUCUAUAGCUGUGUAUAAGGAGAAGUAUGGAGAUGCCAUAAAAGUAUUUAACUGUUUCAUCGAUUUUAGCCACUUCUUCUAUGAUGAGAAAAAAAUGAAAUUUAUAAAAAAAAAAAAAAGGGAUUUUGUAGAUAAUUACAACAACUACAUAGAUGCAAACACCGAUGUGGAAUUUUAUGAACUAAAAUAUCAUCUGCUAACGAAGAAAGCCAAAGGACAUGCCUCCGUUCUGUUCUGGUCAGAUGCUCUAAACGAAAUACACAUUAAAAACAAAACAAUUAUAACAUCUGUAGAUGCCAUUAAGUUAACGAACACAGGACAUCAACAUGUGAUAGGAAUUUUGGGACUCAACCGGGACGGAGAUAUGGUCAUCCAGGGUAUACGUAAUGAAAUAAAGCUUUUCCUGAACCGGGAGUGCGUGAUAAACCACGGGCUCUAUUGCAUCGGGCACGUGAUCCUCGUACAGGGCCGCAUGCGCCUCUCCAACAAGACGUUCUACGCCGCGGAGAUCAUGCACCCCCCCAGGAACUUCGAAGAGGAGCGGAACGAAGAAGACAUGUUCUACGAUUUCGAAAACGAAAAGGAGAAAAAACAAGUGGAGGAGUACGAAAUCAUCGUAAGCAAAAACGAUAAGAAAAAAAACUGGAUCAUCAUGCACGACGUGUACCUAGACAAUCCCUACACAUUCGAAAUCCUCGACAAGAUGUUUUCCUUAUACGUUAAUACCUACCCAGAAAAUAAUCUUCCCAUAGGUUUCAUAUUUAUGGGUGACUUGAUAAGUUUAAAAUUUGAUUACAACAAUAAUUUUCACAACGUAUACAUAAAGGGGUUUGAAAAACUGUCGGUCAUGCUUAUAUCAAAAUUCAAACUGAUCUUGGAGCACUGUUACUUGAUCUUCAUUCCUGGAAAGAACGACCCAUGUGCAUGCAAAAAUAGCAUCCCUCAAAUGCCGAUAUUACCAUACUAUGUUAGAAAAUUUCAACAAAAUAUAGAAUCCUUUUUCUCAUCAAAGAAGAAGAUAAUCUUCGCUACAAACCCAUGUAGAAUCCGUCAUUUCAAUAAAAAAAUGAUAUUCUUCAGACAAGAUAUUUUAAAUGAUUUAAUAUGGAGCUCAACCAUUAAUGCUUGCAACAAUGAGAAAAAUAAUAUGCAGAAUAUUCUCCUCUCUACGAUUGUGGGGCAAAGUCAUAUUUAUCCAAUACCCCAUGAUAAUAGAAUUUUGAAGAGGUACUCUCCUUUCCUUUUCCUCUAUCCUCUUCCAAACUUUAUCUGUAUUUCAGACAAUACCUGUAGCAGCUUCAUUUCCUAUGCAUCUGACGAUACUAAUGAUUCCAUCAUCUCAAAUUCUGAUAUGUCUUUCACAAGGAAGAAGACCUUCACUGUUUACAACGCCUUGCAACACGAGGCCAAGCGUUACGUCGUUCCGCUUUGA